UACGAAAUCUUGUAUAUAAUUUGCAUCGUGGAAUACAUUUUUCAUCCGUAUGCUCGAUAUAUUGAAGUAAUCAUUAACACAGAUUAGUAAAAAGAAAAAGCAAUGGGAUCGCCAAACGGAACAUUGAUGAUUUUAGUGAUAUUCUGCUACUUUGCGGGUUCAAUUUCUGAAAGUAUACACAACGAGCAUUUAGAAGUGGGCAUUGACCCCAAGGAAAAUAAGGAAAUCGUCCAGGGCACACUGUUCACCACCGACCAUCCCAGCUACCCUUACGCGAUAUGCGAGUGGACUAAACCGAAGGUGGAGAAAACGUGUCAGAUACAAUUGGUCAACGUAACAAGCAAAAACCUUGUCUGCGAUGGGAUCAAGGUAUUCACGGAGGAUCCGGAAAAAGAACUUUUUUACAACGGCUACUUCCAAGUGAUGCCCUUCAGCAAUGAUCAUGUCGUUAUAGCCUGGUGGGACACUUUGAAGAACAAAACAGCUCCAAAGAAGCAAAACUUCAAGGUCAGCAUCGUGAACAUGCAGAGCUGCAAGGCCGCCCAUAUGAACUACCCCAUCGACAACUCGGGCUACGGUCGUUUCCCUAGUCUCCUGCUGUUCCCAACACAGGUGGACGUGAUCGUCAACAGCAAGUCGGCUUGUGCCGGUGAGGCCCAGUGCCGACUCUCGUAUGACCUCGACGGAAAACAAACCGGCCAAUUCCCGUACACCAGUGAACUCCUGGGCUACUCGAGUCCGGUGUCCGGAUCAGGGCCCGACAAGGGCUUCUUUGUGAAUGUACAGGAUCAGACGAGCCUGAGAGUAUUGCUCGUCAAUGGCGAAGGGAACGGGAAGCUCCUGACGACGGACAACUUUGAACCGGAAGCUGUUAAGCAACGCGUCGCGUUCAGUAGCGCCCACGAGAAGUUCACCAUCUGCAGGAUGCCCGACAUGGGGUCCAAGAAACCGACAAACAUCUACUGCAACCAGUACAACAGCACAGGGGAAGUCACGAUCAAGAAGACAACAACCUUCCAAGAAACCGUCAAUUGGUUAGCGGUGCGUAGUUUGGCCGAAGGUGGCUUUUUGCUCGCCACGUCAGGCUGUGACAUUGAAAAAUCGGCAUCAGCCAAUUGCCAGAGUUUCCGUGUGUGGAAAGUAAAAAAAAAUGGUCAGGUUGGAGAACCAUUCACUUUUGGUGGACCCAACAUUAGCUGCAAGAACACGACGAAUAACCUGCAGGUGCGGAUCGUAGAGGUAAAUUUGAUAGAAGAUCAGUUCUGCUUUGAUUUCUCGUGUGUGGAGGAACGCUCGCACUUACUCUUCAAUAGGAAAUGCCUGUCGAAAAACAAUCUCGAGUAAGUCGAGAAAAGUUCGAGAUUGACGACAAAAUGAAGAAAUCGGUUUGUUAUCUUAUCUAGAAUACGUAAUCAGGCGAGAAAAAUCGCGCUAUUCAUGUAAUUGUAAUUUAUAUGCCUCAUACUUUAUCUACGACUUUGUAUCUGUUCCAUAUACUUAAUCUAUGCAAUCUGAAAUUUUAUCAAAUUACUCCACUACAACUGUACUUAUUAUUGUACUUUUUUUUUUUUGUCAUGUACAAAUGGCCAGAUGGGGUCCUACCCGUUAGAUGAAUAAAUAUUAUACCAAACACCAUAUGUAUAUUCAUAAUCGACACUAUAACUAUCACUGCAAAACAAUAAAAAUCACAAACAUCGCUACUAAA